GAAAGUCUUUUCGUAUGGUUAUCCGGGGUCCGUAUCCCGCGCCAAAAGCUCCUCUUGUGCUGAUCUAGGCUCCGCCAAUUUUAUUUAAUUUUCCACUCAUAAUCAAUAUUCUACAGCAUCUCGUCUUCCCAUCUCAUCACGCCGUCACUUGACCAGACCAACGGGUGUGGAUGGCUGGGACCAAAGAUGCCGUUGGCUCGCUCGCUUCCACUUCAGCCCGCGCCAGAGAUGGAAGCUUCAGGGGCGAGAGAGGCUGGACUCGGCUCGACCGUCAUCCUCCUCCAUGUGCCUUUCUCACACCAAGCUCCAAUCCCAAGUGUUUUUUGUCGUCAGCGCGUUCGGACACACAGCGGCCUCCACUCCGAAUGUCUUGCUGCAUCUGCCGACCACCCUUCUGCAGCAGGGGAAUCCGGAAUCCUCUUGGUGCGAGCGUUAGUUCCAGUAAGCAGGCAGUGGAGUUGCACAAGGACCAUCAUGUACCCACGGCUGGUGGCCCUACCACUGCCGCGUGCAGAAUUCGCUGGUUCGCUGUUAUAUCUGCGGCGAUAUCAUCAACGCGGGUACCUGGACGACGGAUAUGCUUGACCAGAGUGAGACUCGCUGCUUAUGUACAGUAUCCCCCUGCCAUGAAUUCAAUGGUUUGGUCCAACGGUUCCGGCUGUACUCAUACUGUACUGCACUGUACUGUAUCCGCACCCGUG